AUGAGCUCUCAGCAGAAAACCUUGCGUGCCAUUUGCAGCCGUACUUUACGCCAUACCUCAGCUCAUGGUGUGGCCAACAUUAUACACUCAAAUAGUCGAUGGAGAAGCUGUUGCUGGACUAUAUUUGUUUUACUGGUGUUGUGCUGUUUGCUUUGGCAAUGUAGUCAACUUACUGCAACCUAUCUACAAUACCCCACCCAAGAAAAGGUAACCCUUGUAAACAGCGCUAAACUCCCCUUCCCAGCCAUCACCUUCUGCAACCUCAACCGUGCACGCAUGUCUAAGCUUAACACUGAAAAGUAUCACCCUCUGACAGAAAACCUGUCCUUGUUAUCAAAUGAAGAAAAGGAUAUUGGUGUUAUUAACCAUUCAAGGGAAAGACGCUUUGGUUUUGCCCUGUCUCAGCUUACUACAGAGGAGCAGGUGGAACUUGGUCACCAGCUGCAGGAUAUGCUUAUUUCCUGUGUCUUUCAUGAUGAAGUCUGCAAUGAAAGCUUCUUUACGCCUUUCUUAAACCCCAAGCUUGGGACCUGCUAUACAUUCAAUGGACCAAGACAAGUAGAUCAACGGAGCCAGCUCCAAGUCAAUCAAUCAGAAAUUCUUAAUGCUACCAAGGCAGGAUUUAGUUAUGGUCUUACUUUGGAGCUUUUUAUAGAGCAAGAGGAGUAUAUAAGGAGUCUGAGUACUGCAGCUGGUCUGAGAGUUCUGCUCCAUGGACAAGGAGAGAUGCCAUUCCCAGAGGACGAGGGAGUAAAUGUACCCCCUGGACAGGAGUCUGACAUUGGUGUAGUAAAGGUUCAUGUCAAACGGUUGGAGGAGCCCUAUAGUAGCAAUUGUAGCAGUGGAGAGAACAUUAGGAAUUAUUACACAGAUGUAUAUGGGACAGAUUACAGUCGAGAGGCUUGUAAGAAAAGCUGUGCUCAGGCUAAGAUGGUCAAAAACUGUGGCUGCAGAAUAUGGGAGUUCCCUGCUCCCCCUGAGUCUAAUGUGCCUCUGUGCAAUAUUAGUGAACCAUCUGUUAAUCACUGUGUGGAACUUUAUGAAUACAAAUUGUCCCACGAUCAACUAAAAUGUCAUUGUCCUCUUCAGUGUGAGGAAGAAAUUUUUGAGCUGACUCUCUCAUCAUCACAGUGGCCAAGCAAUGUAUACUUGGACUCUUUCUCAAAGCACCUUAGCAGAAGAAAAGGAUUUCAGGAUCUACAAAGUAUCAGAGAUAACCUCGUAAAAAUUGUGGUUUAUUAUCAACAACUCAACUAUGAACUGAUAGAAGAGGUCCCCUCAUUGCAGCUGGUAGACUUGUUCUCUAGUAUUGGAGGCCUGGUGGGUCUCUGGAUUGGAGUAUCUAUCUGCACAGUGGCUGAAUUCCUGGAGUUGAUAUUAAAUCUGCUGACUUUUGUUAUUCAUCAAAUAUUUAACACAAAAGAGGACUACCCGACAAACCCAUACACAAUUCCAGGCCCAGAUAUCACCUCUCCAGUUCUACGCAAUAGUCACUGUCUGACUUGGGACACUGUUAAUGACUCAUCUAGUCUACUUGGAAACAGCUUUGAGGAGCAGGAAAGUGUUUAUUCUGUCAUUAAUCCAUAUGAAUUACAUUAUAAACAAUAG